AUGUCGCUUGGAGGACCCUUCAAAGAAGUCACCACUUUUGUACAACUCAUGGAAUCUGCCGCAUCCAUGGCCUCAGUCUCAGCAACUAGUAAAAAACACAUAUCAGCAGUUAUUGAUCUUCAAUACUAUUGUGUUUGGGAGGCGACCAAUGGAAUGUGCAAUAGCAAGCAGUCAGACCCGAUAGAGUACAGGAUAGCUAUCUUGCAUGACAGUUGGACCAACACAGGGAACGAUGAAGCUGAAGGAUAUUCUGUUCAAUCAAAACCACAAAAAGAAAGAACAAUGAGCAAGCUAUUAAUCUCAUCAACUGGUCUCUGUAGGGUCCAUCAACAGACUAUCCCGGUUGAAGUGACCAGUUUCGCACCAAUGAAUUUGAAAGAUUUGGAUCAGCGAUUCAAGGAGAGGGAAAGGCAAAGAUCGAUUAGUUACAGGAUUAUACUUCCUGUCACUAGAUCUGAAUACACGUCAUUGACAAACCUGAAUAUUGAAGGGACUAUGGAGGUUGAAGCAAACAGUCCCGCUUCCCUGGCUUUGGCUUGUUCUUUAGAGCAAGCCAUCAAUUUCGCGGAAGUACAGUUUGGAAAAUUUCCAUUGUAG